AUAUGUUAUGUGAGCGAGCAAAAACUGACGUUUUUCUCAGCUCGAGUUUCUGAUUUUUUUUUCACCAAUUAAGGUGUUCAGGGAAUUAUCACACCACUGCACAAUAUCUUUGUCCAAACACAACCAUUGACUCUGUACCCUCGCCAUGGUAGAGGAUGACGAUUUAACGCCAAAUGUUAUGUCAAACCGAAUGUGGAGCAGCAAUGGCGAGUUUGUCCCUCCUGACGGAAUAUGUUGGGUGUCUGUUCUGUCAUGUUUGCUGCUUGCCUGCUCCUACGUUGGGAGCUUAUACGUGUGGAGAAGUGAUUUGCCAAGGGACCACCCGGCCGUUAUCAAGAGGCGCUUCACCAGCGUCCUAAUCGUGUCUGCCUUGUCGCCUGUCUUUGUGUGGACAUGGAAGGUGUACACUGGUGUGAUGCCCGGCCCGUCGUUGCUGGCUCUGAUGGGGAUUCGCUUCGAGGGCCUCAUCCCAGCCAUCAUACUGCCUCUGCUGCUCACCAUGGUUCUGUUUCUUGGCCCUCUCAUCCAACUGGCUAUGGACUGCCCCUGGGGCUUCAUGGAUGGGAUACGAGUGGCCCUUGACCCAUGGUUCUGGGCUCUGUGCCUCAGGGACAUGCGCUGGCUGAGGAACCAGGUGGUGGCCCCUCUGACUGAGGAGCUGGUGUUCAGGGCUUGUAUGCUGCCCAUGCUGGUACCCUGCGCCAGCCCCUCCACUGCCAUGUUGACCUGUCCCCUCUUCUUCGGAGUAGCUCACUUUCAUCAUGUGAUCGAACUGCUGCGAUUCAGACAGGGCAGCGUGUCUGGGAUCUUUCUCGCUGCAGUGUUCCAGUUUUCCUACACAGCUGUCUUUGGAGCUUACACGGCCUUCAUAUUUAUCAGAACAGGUCACCUGGUGGGACCGGUGCUGUGCCACUCUUUCUGUAAUCACAUGGGCUUCCCUGCCCUGAGCACGGCCCUGGAGCACCGCCACCGCCUCACCAUCCUCUCCUGCUACCUGCUGGGGGUCCUCCUCUUCCUCCUCCUCCUCUUCCCCCUCACAGACCCCCUCUACUACGGCCUGCCCACCCCCGUCUGCACCCUGGCCUCUGUCCCCAGCUCCCUAUGCAUCUCCUGAUCCCACGCCCACCCACCACACACACACCCCUCUCUACUUGAUGGACCGGUUCGCUGAUUCUACCACCCAUCAGCAGCCAAAAGGAGGAGCAGUCCAAGUGGUCCUAGCACUAGGGGUGUUUUAGCUCUUCGGUCAUGCCCGCUUGGAUGGGCUCUCUCUGGGGGGAGGUGGGAAGGGUUAUGGCUGUGUCAGGUAUGGACAUUCAGUACUAUCGGCUGUCUCUACUAUGUAUGCUGCUAGGGGCAACAGGGUAACUUAGACUGCCAUUCCCUAUGUUCAGGUUACAUUUGCAGUCAGUCAGUUAGCCAGUCAGUUAAUAUGUGGUCUGUAGUGUCAACUCGUCAAAGGAACCGUAUCUGGCCAAGAUGUGAGGCGCUGUAGUAGUAAGACAUUCUGGUGGUCAAUAACGUCAGUGUUUUCAUCGGUUCUAGAUGCUGAAUAAGAGUUAUUUAUUUACACAUCAGCAUGUUUCUAUACUGUGGUGUUUUAUUGGGGUGGGAUAGUUUGGUUGUUCCAGUUGUCCAUGAUAGUUUAGCCACGGUUCUCAGUCUUCCUCUCAGGCUUUUAAGACACCAGACGAUUGGCGUUUGGCGAGAUCACAAAGUGUACAGUCUUUACCCAGCCCUGAAUUCAGUCAUACACUCGAGUUGUUGCUCAUUCCAAGUCAUGCCGAUAGAAGCCUAUAAUCCCUAACAUUACCAUUCUUUGGGCCAGGAGUUACGUUACAGCCUUAUUCUAAAAUUGAUUAAAUAAUUUGUUGGCAAUCUGCACACAAUGACACUUUUUUUUUUUUACACAUGAAUUACAAAUUUAAAAAAAAUGUUACCUUAUUUACAUAAGUAUUCAGACCUUUAGCUAUGAGACUCUAAAUUGAUCUCUGGUGCAUCCUGUUUCCAUUGAUCAUCCUAGAUGUUUCUACAACUUGAAUGGAGUCCACCUGGGGUAAAUUCAAUUGAUUGGACAUGGUUUGGAAAGGCACACACCUGUCUAUAAACAAGAUUCUCUGGUCUGAUGAAACCAAGAUUGAACUCUUUGUCCUGAAUGCCAAGCAUUACGUCUGGAGGAAACCUGGCACCAUCCCUACGGUGAAGUAUGGUGGUGGUGGCAGCAUGCUGUGGGGAUGUUUUUCAGUGGCAGGGACUGGGAGACUAUUCAGGAUCGAGGCAAAGAUGAACAGAGCAAAGUACACAGAGAUCCUUGAUGAAAACCUGCUCUAGAGCGCUCAGGACCUCAGACUGGUGCAAAGGUUCACCGUCCAACAGCACAAUGAUCUUAAGCACAGAGCCAAGACAACGCAGGAGUGGCUUUGGGACAAGUCUGGCCCAGCCAGAGCCCAGACUAGAACCCGAUCGAACAUCUCUGGAGAGACCUGAAAAUAGCUGUGCAGCAACGCUCCCCAUCCAACCUGACAGAGUUUGAGAGGAUCUGCAGAGAAGAAUGGGAGAAACUCCCCAAAUACACGUGUGCCAAGCUUGUAGCGUCAUACACAAGAAGACUCGAGGCUGUAAUCACUGCCAAAGUUGCUUCAACAAAGUACUGAGUAAAUGGUCUGAAUACUUUUGUAAAUGUGAUAUUCAAUUUUUAAAACAAUUUAUUUAGCGAGAAAAUUGUACCCUGUUUUUGCUUUGUCAUUAUGGGGUUAUUGUGUUUAGAUUGACAAUUUAAUCCAUUUUAGAGUAAGUCUGUAACGUAACAAAAUGUGGAAAAAGUUGAGGGGUCUGAACUUUCUAAAUGCACUGUAUUACCCAAAAGACGGUAAUGUCCUUACAGUGUUACAUCCCAAUGUUUACUCACUCACUCACUGCAAAUUAUACUUUGCGUUUGUGAAAAUACAUGUUAUUCACUUGACCAGGCUGUGACCAUUGUAGUCCAUUGCACUAUAUAGACAGGGUGUAGGUUACAUUCAGGGUGGGUUGUUGAUUUUUAUAGGGAAUUGUAAUGGGACCUGGUGUAAUGCUAUAUAACAGUUCCACCUGACUAGAACAGAAGUGUGGUGUGGUUCAUGAACCAGCAGAUUGAAUCACACUGAAUGUAUUGCAACGGGAUGUCGAGGCAGUUGAAGUCACUGGUCCGAUUUAUAAACGGACUUCACUGUGUAAAUUGGAACCAUAUCUCUGGAGAGUCCCAUGCAGGAGACGCUAACAUUCACUGACAAAGAUCUGUGAAGCUAUCUACCACAGCAGUGAGGACUGUACUGUAUAAGCUAUGAAGGAGUUACAUUAUGGUUCUUCAGCAAUAACUUAGUUGAUGGAAAAGGACCAAAAUCAGGGAAUUAUCUGAAAUGGGUGUGUAUGUGAAUUGAAGAAGCUAAUAAGCCACUUCUUGUUGCUUGGAAAUUUCAGAAUAAUGACCAGCCAUUAUUUUGAAUAGAUAGUUUGUUUGGGCCAACCUCAGAUGAGCCAUAUAUCUCCUAGUUGAAGGUUCAAUAGACAUUGUCUUGAAUAAACCUGCAUGGUGUGUCCAGACCAUCUGUAAUGACCUGAAUUGUACGUCAGAGGGCGCAAGAGUACCAUGUCUGGGCGUGCUGCCGUCGUUCUGUGAAGGACAGGAACCUGGGACUUUCAUACAGGCUGUUCUUGACGAGUAGUCAUCCGUCACUUGAAAAACCAAUCUGUUUUUUUCCUCCCACAAGCCUUGAUCCAAUAGACAGGACGGAUAUAGGCUUAGAGAAGAGAAUGUGGGUUUGAACCUAACAACUUAGUGAUACAGAUCGGCUAGCUACCUUCGCUCUGAGUCAUCUCUCAGAUUAAUUCAACAAGAACUGCAGGAUCAGGCCUCCCUUUUUAGAGUCAAACUCUAAACUAUCUUGAUGUCUCCCUCUCACAACCUGCAUGUGAAUGUUUUGACUUGAGGCACUAGGCACUGGCCUAAGAUGUCAUUUUGGACCAAUAACUCAGAGAUUACUGUUUCCUCCUACAGAGACGAACCAUCUGGUUCAGAUGGCUGCUAGAUUGACUUUGUUGUCGAAAUUUACACACACAAAUUUAUAUGACGAGGCUGUGUCAAAUUCUUAAUUAGGUAGGCUCAGGAGACCGUACAUCUACAGAUUAAUUUUGUCAGGAGAUGUGCCAUCUACAGAUUAGAGAGAGCUGUUUCAUCAACACAAUCAAAUUUCAUCGAACAUCUCAUUCUCCCACAUCAUCAACGUUGUCCCUUUUUGGAAAACAUAUAUUUUGUCACUGGCUCGAAUUGUCUGAAUCCUGCCUUGUCACGGGUUAGGCUGCUUCUCACCAGAAUGUUCUUAUUUUAUUUUCCUGAUAUUGACUUGAAUUUAAAUGCGUAGGCUACAUUUGCAAGGCACUUGGGAGAAACGUCGACUCCCCUUUCCUGCUUGACAACACUUUCACUUUGUCUUUUAAAAAAAAAAUUUCUCUCUAAAAUGUCCGAACCAAACAAUCCCGUCUACAGAACUCCCAAACUAGUGACUUUCUGUACAUGCAUAAAGUGGACACACAGCGGUAGAGACAGGAAUAUAUAUUUUUGCAAGUUAAUAAGAAGCUCUCUUUUACUAAAAUGACAAAACAGAAGAAUGAUAUAGUAUUUAAAAGAGUAGUUGACUCUGACCUGGUUGUGAAGACAAUAAGACGAUGCACAUGUUUUAUAUUGGAUACCAUAUUUUGUAAUCAAAUCUAUUUUAGUGACAUGGACUUGAAUCUACUGAUAUGUGUAUUUGGGUUUCUGGCCACAGUGUACAAUGCAAUUUUUUGAGACUUAUCAAUAUUGAACAGACAGUGUUUGAUAACGACAAUCUUUUAUGAGAUCUUAUAGAAAUCACACACUGCAAAAAGCUCAAGAAUUUGGAAAUAAACAAGCUAAUUUUAUAAAA